AUGGUAUUUAAAUUCUUAACUGUAUCAGAAGACCCAGAUAAUCCAUUAUUGGGAACGAUUAUCUCAUUGCUGCGAUGUGGCGGUCUUUGGGAGAAAGAUCGUUUAAAAAACUUUUUGCAUAAUUUGGUGCAUUUUGUGGCAUUUAUCUUUGUUUUAUCACAAUACGUAGAGCUUUGGGUCAUACGGAACGACCUCGAAAUGGCGAUGAGGAACUUAUCUUUGACAAUGUUGAGCACUGUAUGUGUUUUUAAAGCCUGCAAUUUGGUCUUCUGGCAGAAUACUUGGAAAGAAUUGUUUGAUUAUGUCUCCGAAUUAGAACGUUCGCAAUUAGCCAAGAAAGAUGACACUAUUAACAAAAUAAUAUUUCAAUAUGUAAAGUAUGCUAGAAGAGUGACUUAUCUUUAUUGGAGCUUGGUUACUGCUACUGUUCUAAUAGUCAGCCUCGCUCCACUACUGAUAUACUGGUCCUCUCCUACUUAUCGUCAUAAUAUUAGAAAUGGUACUUUACCAUAUCCAGAAAUAAUGAGCUCUUGGACUCCUUUCGACAGAACACGAGGCAUUGGUUUCUGUGUAGCAACGGUUUACCAGAUGUCUGCUUGUGUAUACGGAGGUAUAGUCGUUGCAAAUUUCGACUCUACAGCUGUAGUAAUAAUGACAUUUUUUGCUGGACAACUAAAAGUGCUUUCUGCAAAUUGCUCACGGCUAUUUGGCGAUGGUAAUGAGCUAAUUAAUUAUGAUGAAACAGUAAAAAGGAUUAGGGAGUGUCAUUUGCAUCAUUUGUACUUGGUAAAAUUUUCAGCAGUUCUGAAUUCAUUACUUUCUCCAGUUAUGUUUCUUUACGUCAUCAUCUGCUCUCUCAUGAUUUGUGCCAGUGCUGCGCAAUUGACCACGGAAGGCACAACUACAGUGCAUCAAAUUUUUUUUUUUUUAUAUCUUAUGGCUCUCAUCGCUCAACUAUUUUUAUAUUGCUGGCAUAGCAAUGACGUGUUCUUUUUGAGUAAUCAAGUGGAUGAUGGAGUGUACAGCAGUGCGUGGUGGUCGCAGAAUGUACGUACACGUAGGAGCCUCCUUCUGCUGGGAGGUCAACUUCGCAAGCCCAUUGUUUUCACAGCUGGGCCAUUCACAAAACUCAAUAUGGCCACAUUUGUUACUAUACUGAAAGGAUCUUACAGUUAUUACACACUAGUAGCGAAGAAAGAAGAUUAA